AUGAAGCCAUUAUCUCAGCUGCUUUUUUCGGCGGCCACCUUCGCUACUUCUGCCCUGGCUGCAACUCACGUUUACGACUGGAACGUUACAUGGGUUUCCGCCAACCCCACAGGCGAUAAGGAACGCCCAGUUAUUGGUAUUAACGGUCAAUGGCCCCUUCCUGCUCUUGAAGUCGACAAGGGCGACCGUCUUAUUGUUAAUCUCUAUAAUGGUUUGGGUGAUCAAAAUACAUCUAUGCACUUUCACGGAAUGUACCAAAAUGGCACCAACGCCAUGGAUGGCCCUAACUUUGUUACUCAAUGCCCAAUCCCUCCUGGCGCGACCUUCACUUACAACUUCACUGUUGAUCAGAACGGCACUUACUGGUACCAUGCUCACGUUGCUGGUCAGUACCCCGAUGGAUACAGAGGUUCCUUCAUUGUUCACGAUAAGAAUGCUUACUUUGCCAAUGAUUAUGAUGAAGAGCUGACUUGGACUAUGUCUGAUUGGUAUAAUGAUGUUAUGGAUGUUCUUCGCCCUGAAUUUCUCAGUCUUUACAACCCAUCUGGUGCUGAGCCGGUUCCUAACAAUAUUAUUUUCAAUGACUCCCAGAAUGUUUCUGUUUCCAUCAAGCCCAAUACCACUUACCUGAUCCACCUAAUGAAUACUGGUGCUCUUGGUUCUAUCUUCUUUUGGAUUGAAGAUCAUAACUUUACUGUUGUUGAAGUUGAUGGUGUCUAUACCGAGCCCACUGAAGCUCAGUAUCUUUACCUUACUGUUGCCCAACGUUAUGCCAUUCUCCUUACUACUAAGGAAGAAACUGAUAAGAAUUAUGGUAUUGUUCUUGCUUUUGAUCCUGGUCUUUUCGAUGUUAUUGAACCUUACCUCCAAAUGAACCAGACUAACUGGCUUGAAUACAAUUCAUCUGCUCCUCAUGAACAUGUCACUCCUGACUUUGAGUCGACUGACGACAUUCCUGCUCUUGAUGACUUCGAUCUUAUCCCCGCCGAUCGUAUUCCUCUUUACCCUGAACCUGAUUUGGAAAUUGUUGUCGAUGUUACAAUGAACAAUCUCAACAAUGGUAUCAACUAUGCCUUUUUUAACAAUAUUACUUUUACUUCUCCUAAGGUUCCUUCCCUUUACACUGUCAUGUCUGCCCCUGAUGAGUAUGUCAUGGAUAGUACUAUUUACGGUGAAUGUGCUCAUCCAUUUGUGCUUACCCACAUGGAUGUUGUUCAGAUUGUUAUAAACAAUGUUGAUCCUGGUACUCAUCCUUUCCACAUGCAUGGCCAUGAAUUCCAAGUCAUUGUGAAAUCCCCUGCUUACGAUGAUGAUAGCCCCACUGCUUAUGACCCUGAUAAUCAUGAUCCUUUCCCUGAAUUUCCAAUGAGACGUGAUACUUCAUUUGUUCGAGCCAACGGUAACUCUGUUUUCCGUUUUGUUGCUGAUAACCCAGGCGUUUGGAUCUUCCAUUGUCAUAUUGAGUGGCAUUUGGAACAAGGUCUUGCUCUUAUUUUGGUUGAGGCACCUGAUAAACUUAAGGAGCAAUCCAUUCCUGACAAUCACUACGACGUUUGCAAGAUUUCUGGUAGUGCUUAUGUUGGUAAUGCUGCUGCUAAUUCCACUGACUUCAUGAACCUUAAUGGUCAAAACAUGCAAGUCAAGGAUCUUCCUUCUGGUUUUACUGCUAGAGGUAUUGUUGCCUUGGUCUUUUCUUGUGUCUCUGCCUUCCUCGGUAUGUUUGUCAUUGGCUGGUAUGGUCUUACUGAUGCCACUGCCUCAGAGGCAAAGAUUAUCGAAAUUCUUGAAGAGGAGGAUGCAGUUGAGGAGGCUUACCGGCACAAUGCUUCUGUUGAGCAGGAGAUUUCUAAUGAUCGGAUAAAUUAA